AUGGGCUUAGACACUCGGCGCCCAGUCCUCCUGCGUCGUGAUGGCGGUCUGACCAAUAUCCUCUCUGGCGGCGACGCGCCCGCGGUGCAGGUCAAGACGAUCACCCAGAACGGCAUUCAGCUCGCGGACGGCCUCGUUCUCCCGUCCCCUUGCAUCUUCUUGAACGGAAAGGUGUUCCUCUGGAACGCGCCGGCGAAAACGUGGGAUGGGUGGAAGCCAGAGCAUUUCGAGGUCUUUGACACGGUUGUACCGAAACCAGAGAUUCUGCUGGUCGGAACCGGUGAGCGGGUCGAAAUGAUGCCCCCUGCCCUCCGGCAAUACUUGAACAAAGCCGGCAUCCAGGUCGAUAUCAUGAACACGCGCAAUGCAUGUUCAACAUAUAACCUCCUCGCCGAGGAAGGGCGACGCGUCGCUGCCGCCCUUCUUCCCCUAACACCACAAAAUUGGCCAGACGCGCCUCCGCUUUGA